AUGGUUCUCCGACCCCUGAUUGGCGCCUUCACCAUCCUGCUGAUUGCAGGAGCCACCCUGCUGUCCUUCUUCGUGCUGCUUGCCGGCGCGCGAGACUCGGCCCCCCUCAACAACUUCUACUGGUUGGAGGCGGAAACCUCCAACAUCCCCGGGGCUCACGACUUCACCCGAUGGACCACCUACAACUUCUGCGGCGUGUCCACUGACAACAAGAACUUCGAGUGCUCCAAGAACCAGGCCGACUUCCCUUUUGACCCCGUGCGAAACUUUGGCACCGAAGAGGGCAUCCCCCAGGAGUUCAUUGGCACCCACAAGUGGUACUACCUGACCCGGUUCGCCUUCCCCUUCUACCUGAUUUCUCUCUUCUUCACUGUCAUCACUCUGUUUGUGUCGCUCUUUUCGCUGUGCUCGCGUCUGGGCUCCGCACUGGCCAUCUCCGCCAACGCCAUCUCCGUCUUCUUCUGGACCAUUGCCGCCUCCCUGUCCACCGCCUGCUACUCCCAGGCCAAGGGCAAGUUCGACCAGGCCCACCUGGGCACCAAGAUGUUUGCCUUCAUCUGGACCACCGAGUUCAUUCUGCUGCUCACCCUCUUUUUCUUUGGGUUUGCCUGCUGCUCCCGAAAGCAGUCCUCUAAGGUCGAGUCGUACUCUGAGAAACAACCCCGUGCUAACAAAUUCUUUAGAACUUCGCGUAAGUCCAAAUCCACUGGAGUCACGUCGGCCGCAUAA